UUCCUAAAGUCCACGAAGUUCCUAAUUAACAUCAACAAUAAGCAGUCAAUUCUUGUAAUUUCGCUGUUUAUUUUAGAUAUGAUUCUCCUUUACUUGAAAACGUUAUAAUUUUAAUCGUUUGCUAAAUCCGACAACUCUUCGUGUUCAUGUCACAGUGUAAUAAAAGAAAACCAACUUAACCUGAACACGUGUACCCUGACUUUUAUUAAUUUAGUCUCUGGUUGAUCGAUAAUCUGCGCUCUUGUUCACAAUUCAUAUCACAAUAAUAGUCAAGUCAAACAAUUUUGAAUUUGUAAAUGUAAAUAUUGUGUUGGUCUUUUCACCUUAGGUGAUUUGUAUAUUUUCUCUUUAAUUAUAAAACAACAAAAAUGAUGUAUUUAUAAUUAUACUUUUAAAAAAUUUGAUAAUUAAGCAUAAGAAAAUACUUAUGACUUAUGGAGUACCAUACCAAAUAUAUAUAUUUAAUAAUAAUAUAGCUGAAUUUUUUAAGUUUUAUUAAAUUUACAUAUAAGAGCACAUUUUGAUGGAUAUUAUUAAUUAUUUGCUCGAAACUGAAAACACAAAUAUCUGUCGAAUAUGUUUAGGAAACGCGACACAUGCAAAAUAUUUAUUUUCCGAAGAAGAAGAGUCGAAAAAUAUAUUAAACAAGAUAUACAGUUGUUUUCAAUUAAGCUUAAAUUAUGAUAAAUACUUUCCCAUAGUUAUUUGUGAGAUUUGUAUAGAAGAAUUAAAUGUCGCAUAUAGUUUUCGUCAAAAAUGUAUUACCUUUGAAAAAAGAUUCUCAUUAUUUUAUCAACAAGUGACAGAAAAAAGUAAUUUAAAUAAUCAAAAAGUUGAAACUGAAGACAUAAAAGACUUAACCAUUAUCGAGGGUCCAAUUUCACUGCCAGAUAAAUAUAAGGAUGCUCAAAUAAAACCAUCAGAUACAAACAUCCAACAUAAUGAAAUAAAUAUUACCAUUCAAGAGAAGAGGUUACAUAUAUGUUCAAUCUGCAAUAAAAUACUCAAAACAAGCACAUCAUUACUAAAGCAUAAAUAUUCAAUGCAUCAAAAGAGAAAACAUCUAGGCAAAGUCACGGGAUUUGGAGUUGAUCGCCGAUAUCAUUGUCCUAAAUGUUUAUAUAGUACACCUCACAGUCAAACUUUGGUAAAUCACAUGAGAAGACACAAUGGAGAUCGCCCAUAUCACUGUGAGUGUGGCAAGAGCUUUACUCAAUCUUCGAGUUUAACUGCUCAUCGUAAAACUCACACUAACAUUGCAGAUUAUACUUGUGCAAUAUGUGGAAAACAGUUUAAACAUGCUUUUUCACUCAAAAAGCAUUUAGAUGUUCACCAAACAGGAAAAUAUUCAUGUGAUAUAUGCCAUAAAGAAUUGAAAUCCAGACAAUCCUUACAAGACCACAUGUAUCGCCACUAUAACAUUCGAAAUUACAACUGUGAAGAUUGUGGUGAUACCUUUGUAACUUGCUCUGAACUACUUAACCACAAAAAAAGACAUAGCAGUAUUAAAAAAGUUGAGUGCCAUUUAUGUGGUUACAAAACACAUACAAAAAAGAAUUUAAUUAUCCAUCUUAAGAGACACGCUGGAGAUAAAUCCUACAAAUGCGAUAAUUGUCACAUGUCUUUUUUUACUAAUGGUGACCUGCAGAGACACAAACGUGUCCACACAAGAGAUAAGCCUUUCCCCUGCCCUUCUUGUGCUCAAAGGUUUACACAUAGUACUAGUCUGAACAAGCAUAUGAAAGCUGUACAUGGUAUAGACUGCAAAUGGGCAGAUAUUAAGUCCAAACAAACUCAAAAAGAAAACUUAACUCUGGAAAAUUAAAGAUAAAUUUUUUUGAAGAGCAAAUUAAAAGCAAAAAUGUU